AUGAAACGAAAAGUUUUCCCUACUCGAAAACAGAAGGAGACCUUCGGAGAUAAAGGUCACUCUGAUGUCAAAAGAAAAUACCUUACCAUGUGUCGCAAUAAGAAUUGUAAUAAAAAACUUUUCUUUUGUUGUGAGAAAGAACAUUUUCGUAAUUUGAGUUUAUUAGAGGAUAACAAAACACGCACGACAAGCUUUCACCACGAACAAUCUCCGAAUGAACUUUUUUGCUGUGCUUCCCUAAUGAACAGACAAUGGCAAGUUUCUAUAUUACAAAAUGCAAAUAACGAUAAAAGGAAAGUUGAUGGAAUGCUAUUAAGAAUAAUGAAAGUUAAAUUGCGUAGUAUUAAAGGCAGGGUUUCGGACUCCCUCCUAGAGGUUUAUGAUGAGCUCAGGAAUUGCUAA